AUGCGCCCCGCGGUCCGCACUUUGUAUACCACGACACACGACUCCCUUCGGAAACAGAGGGAAAAGCCAUCCGGCCAUCCGGCCCCUGGCUCCGAGAAGCGACCCGAGCGCCCUCUGUCGCAAAUGGAGCGGGUUCGGCUCGAAGGGGAGGAUCGGGCGUGGGUGGGAUUUCCGGCCGUCUUGGCGUCCCCCCUCCUGGCUUAUCUCUUACGCGAAAAUCUCGUGACAGAAAGUCGGGUGCAUGCAAUACUUGUUCACCGUGGUGCAAUACGGAAGCCAGGGAAUGGCACGGUCCCACGCUCGGCCUUCCGGGAUCGCAACCCCGCUCGAGACGAGAGAGGCGGGAAGGCACUCGCGAAGCGGGCGAGCAUCCACCCGACGGCCGAUCCAUUCGCCGUGCGAUCCUCGGCGAUCUCCGAGAAUCGUCGGGACGGACUCGGACCGGAACCCGGCCGACUUCGCCGACGAUUUCGGUCGAGCCGACGAGCGCCACGGACCCAAGCCCGCCCUCGGUCGACCGCAGUGACCGCCCUCCUGACCUCCCUCCUGCCGCGCCGAACCCGAUUUAACCCUGAGAUUUCGUUCGAUCUGCAGCUGCGGCUGUCGGAAGGAACGGGCGAGACGCGGCUCCCCGCCGCGGAAUUCUGCGGGCGCCUCUUCAACCGGAUGCCCGGAAAGGACGAGGAGCCCGGCUCUCAUCUCGACUGCGGAGGGUGCUCGCCGGGGUACGUCGCAGAACCUUGGAGCGGUGGACGAGUCUCGGAGACGUGCGAAAGAGAAGCGGAUCGCCGCGGGACGGAGAGCACCGGCGCGCGGAUCGACACCUGCACGUGGAAAGACGCCGGCACGUGGAUCGGCAUCGGCGCGAACGCGGUCCUUCUCGUCCUGACCGCCUGGUUCGUCUGUGAGAGCGAGCGCGAACGCUGGAGAUGCAUCCGCGCGACGCCGCCGCCGCACGGGGAGACGGAGGAGCGGGAGGAUCCAGCGAUCCCCCGGAGAGAGGAGCCAGCGAUCCCCCGUCGCGAGGAGCCGGCGACCGCCCCGUGGCAGGACCCGCCCCCCCUCGCCCCCCGCCGCGCCGCUCCUCGCGGUCCCGCCGCCGCCCGUCGCGGCGACCCGGCGAAUGACCGACCGGAGGAGACGCCUCUCGGGUGA